AUGGCGCCCCAGCCGCGAUCUUAUGGUGAAAUUGCCGAUGCAAUUUUGCCGUCUAUUGUGUUGAGUGUACGUGUGCGCGACCUGCUCAGUGCGGCUGUCGGCGAUUUUGUCGCACUUGAACCGCGGGAGCACCAGGCAUUCUUUAAGGAGCAGAUGGGCCGGGUCUGGGAUUCGCCAAUCGACUGGAAGGCCAAACCGCAAGGGACGCAGUUCGCCGAUCAAUGGUCGGCAUUGAAGCGGUUUUUCAAAGAGCAGGGGCGUAUGAGAGGGAGUGCUGCUGUGCCCGAUAGUACCAGUGCCAGGAGGUGGACAGCUCUGCGCGUGUGUGGGGUGGUUUAUCGCGAAGGCAUAGACCGCAUGAUAUUCGUAGCAACAGGAAUGAGGCCAGGCGAUCGCCGCGGAUAUCUAGGACAGCGCUCUCGGUGCCGGACGGUGUAUUUCUGGAAGCUUCCCCGUCAGGACAGACAGCAAAUGAUGGAGAUAGCUCGUCGAUGGAAUAGGAGUGGGCCUCCAGCGGCGCAGAAGAUGAAAAAUUUCAGCCGCAAGUUCCGAACGUACAUACGACAGGUUCAUGUGACAGCACUGCGGGACUUCGGGCAGCACGUCGUGACGAUCAUCGUACCGGAGGUGGGUAUGUUCAAUCCCCCGCGGGUGUAUGACUUCUUUCAAGAGUUUGGGCUCAUGAAACAGCCGUUGGUGAAAGAAGUGGAAAUGACCGAGACGUUGAAGUCGCUCUUUGGCGUGGUGAACCGGGCUACAGGUCAACUGGACGAAGACGCAUAUCCGGCAAUGCUACAAGCGAAGUCUCGCUUGAAACGGAAAAUCACCUAUCGUAUACAGCCCCAGGAGCAUUUUGUUGGUCGAGACGAGCUUCGCCUGGAUUCUGCUCUUUGGGAUGAAGAGGUGUUUUAUAAGGAGGCGAUCCCUAUGGUUUACAGGAUUGUGACUACCGCACAUGCUAAUAUCUCGAAAUACCGCGACCUUGAUCCUGUUUGGACUGACUGGGAGGUCAUGGUCGACGACCAAUUCCGUCUGGAGGGCAUUCCGAUGCAACUCCCCACUACGCUCGGCAGAGAUAAGUGCUUCCAAUACUUGCGGCACUGGUUCAACUUGGGACGCCUGAAGUUCAGAAAGUGGCGGAGAAAGAAUAGCAUGCUGAUGGAUCCUGUGGACAUGAGUGAACGUUGGUGGAUAGACUCCUAUCGGGCUUCUGACGAGAAUGAUGGUGAUGCAGCCACUGAGUCUUUGGACGCGCCUCCCGGAGUGGUGGCAGCUAUGAAUCAGUUGCCGCCGGUACCCUCUCAGAUGGAGAGCUGUGGCCACGGCCGCGCUCAGAGCGUCUCUCCGUAUGGCAGCGCGGGAGCGCAAACAUAUCGUGUUCACGGCGAUGCUCUGAUAGACGACGAAUCCCUGGAGUGGAUGGAAGUACCACCGGUUUCAGAUCCCGACGAUCUCCAACUGUUGGCACGCGUCGCUACGCCCCAGCUUGACUUUGGCGAGGCUGUGGACCACGAAUGGAGUGCGCCAGCCGCUGUCCCCACAAAUCCCGAGGCCAUGGCGCAGUGGUGUCUGCAUCAUCUAGAAGGCCUUCACAGCAUCUCUGUGCGAAUUCCCCGGCAUCUCAAAAGAGGAAUCUGCAAGUUAGCUGAGCUACCGCUUGUGCCGAAUGGCUUCUUUUCUCUGAGGGCAGCCUCGAAAUAUAUUUCUAUUCCAGACUGGCUGCGCUGGAGCUUGGUGAACACCCCUGUUAAGGAACGACAUAAAACUGAAGACCUACUGCGUUUCAUGGAGAAGCACCCGUGGACUUUCCAGUACGGUGGUCAAGUGCGGUUCUCCGGCUUUGAUAUGGCUUGGUGUUUUGCUUUGGGCUCUGUGCUCUACCUGGAGGCUCAUUCCACGAGCCUCGGCGCUCUUGAUGAUGAAGACGGCGCCCCUUCGCAUAACCCACUCAAUGCCAGCUCAUUAAGUUCUCUCUUCCAAGACUUUGAGGCAGCAUUAGACUCCUUGACCGAUGAGUACAGUUAUCCUGGGUGCCCUCCUUCCACGAAGUAUUCGGUGGUGACAAGCAGAUCUCUUUACCUAGCCUAUCUGCUGCAGACGGCGGACAGCACUCUCAUCGAACUUCUACGGUUGACUACUAUGAUGGGUGAUGGGGAGCGGGACCGGUCUGUCUCCAUCAUUUCUUACCAAUGCAAGGACAAAACCUGGAUGUCGGAAUCUGAUGGUAUUCCGUCCUGGCACUGGCCAAGAUGCGGGCUUCCCAACGGAUCGCAUCUGAAUGCAGCUCUCGGUAUGCAGAUACGUCAGUGGUUAAGCAGACAGGAUCUGCUGGUCGACUUGGCUACAAGCUCCGCGAGGACGCGAGAGACUGGCCUUUCGAUCAUGCUGAAAGCAGCCCUGAUUUAUUGCGACUUGCAUAAUCUGCAGACCCAAACUUGGGACCAACCAGGAGCAGAACAACUGCGCACGUCCAGUGUUCUAGGCGAAGUGGAUGCGCUGCAUGAUGCUUUGGUUAACUGGGCCAGUUUGGAAGUGGAGAAGCUGAGGCCCUACAUCGAGAUAAAUGGGCAGGAGGACGAGGACAACGAGGACGUCACCCAGAUGCUCAGUAUACCCCCGGUCAGUGACAUCGACAACCAGGGCGCUCCUGUUCAUCGCAGGUUUCACCCUCUAUCCACUCCACCGCCUUCCGACUUGGCUGGACCGUUCCAAGACAUUGAACUGGACGACCUAGGUGUACGGGAGGCAGUGGGAGACUUCAGGGCCGACCUCGAAGCAGAGCCGCUUUCUGCCGCGCAGGUUUACAGCAGACGCGGUCUGGAACAGAUAGCGGAUGAGCCCGAGCAGAGAAGGAUGAAUAGGGAAAAGCGCGCACUCCGCGAUCGCCGUACCGCCGUUGCACCUCCGGCUUCGCGCCGGGCGGCGCCUGCCCGGCGACCCAGUGCGACGCACUAUUGGGAUGACGAUGCCGAUGGAGAGACCGCCGGGCAGCCACCGGCGCCGUCCGAAGUCCCGGUCAGGCGGGGUCGUGGCCCACAGCAUCCCAGAGCACCGAGAAUCCGCCAGAACGCUACCGGAUCGGAUCUGCAGAUGCUGGCCAGCGCUCCGUCUGCCGUGGGAGUUGCUUCUCGUAAGCGCAAGCGCACUGCCGCCAGACCUGAGGCUCGUAAGCCGAAGGGGAAGGGCAGUGAGGGCCAGGUAGCUGUGAAGAGUAAGUCGAAGGGCCGGCGCAAUGCCGGUAAAGCGAGCGCGUCCAAACCUGCGGCAAGGCGGCGCGGCGGCGCCCCAAUAAUGGACCCAGACGAAGCUUCCAAUAUCAAGGACGGCUCCAGCGAGUCAGACGAAGAGAUGCCGUCGCGUAUCACAAGGGUCCGAUCGUCAGCCAGGCUCCAGGCCCGUACCAAGCGUCGGCGACUGUCUGGUGAUGUUCGCGGCGAUUCUAGCGAUACAGCAUCGCCGCCGCCAGUCCCGGCGGGGACCGGCUCUCCUCCGGCGAUUGAUAGGCGCCGCGCUCGUUCAAGGGCAGACCGCAGCGCCGAGGCUAUGUCUGUCUACUUCGCCGCUGAUGCCACCACCACAAGCGGGGUUGAGAGCGACGAACUCGAGCUAGCGCGAUCACCCAUGCCGCACCAGAGGGAACGCCUCCUGUUCGUGGCGCCCGGGGGAGAGGGACUGAAGUCAGUUGCACCGGCACGCCCCAAGCCUCGACCAGUCAGGCGACGGUAG